AUGGGUUCUUUUCUAGUCUUAUCGCAUAUUUUUAUCCACCUCGUCCACUACAUUGGUAUGUACACAAUUCUCCUAACCACAAAGGUCCCGGGAGAAAACAUAAUACUCGACAUUAGACAUCAAGUCCAAACAGAACAUUAUAACUGCUUCAUACAAACUAGGGAUGUUAUAACCCAUGUUUCAUUCAGUUUAAACCCAUUCUCACGCGCGAUAAAGGUGGUAGAUGGGGGUCUGACAAUUUGGGAGCCUCAGGAAGUUGGAGAGAAAUGCUCAUCUCUAACAUUCCAUACGCACUACGAUCUCAAAGUCUUGGCAUACAUUUAUAUAGUAAACGGCAGGAAAAUCAAUUACAUCCACUACAAAUACAAAGGAGGUCUCUGGAGUGUAAUUACUAUUGGAGAGUAUCGCAUGAUUCUACGUAAAAUUCUGGGAAAACGGAGGUUUGACAUUAGCAACCCAGAUUCCCUUCGCUACUUUACAGUCCAAAGCCAUACUGAGGAACAGGCGCCAGCCAAAAUGUACAUUCCGCUACCAAUGUAUUCUAUUAUUGACAUUCAAGAUACCGGGCAAACCAUUUGGAAAGCUGGAGUUGAGGGUGAGAGGGCAACUUUUAUAGUAAUUCACGGACAUGACGGAAUGCCAAGGUUUAUGCACAUGUAUAUUAGGAAAGAUAGCUGCUUUGAAACGCUCUACUUUGAAAAACUCGACACUGGCAGAUGGACUAACUUGUACAAGGAUGUCUUUUUUAAAAAAAUGGCAAUAUACCGACCAUACGACACGAGAUUAUGA